GCCCACUGAUUUGUUUAUACUCGCUAUCAAUGGGCUACUUAAACACGUGCUACAUACAAUGCAGUUUACAUAAUCAUUUCAUUUGUAAAACCGAAGCCAGAUAUUGAUGAUGCAUUUCACAAAAAGAAAGUCCCGUAUUCGAUCAAUAUCGGAGACCAAUCCUGUGUUCACCAUUGAAGCGGAGGUAGAUAAAAGCAUUGCUGUGACUGACCCAUCUCGGAAUUUCUACAAAAGUUCAAAUGAUCGGAGCCCUUGCAUUGAUUCAGUUACCCUUGAAGUCAACCAGUGGGAAACAGAGAGUGGAUAUGGUAGCUGUCUUUCCUCCAGAAAAACUUCUGCAUCGGGUAGCCUCACAGAAAGUGGGCAUAUCAGUUGUCCUUCCUCCAGAAAAACUUCCGCUGCAUCGGACAUCUUCACAGAAAGUGGGUAUGUCAGUUGUCCUCUCACGAGAAGAACUUCCGCUGCAUCGGACAUCUUCACAGAAAGUGGGCAUGUCAGUUGUCCUCCCACGAGAACUUCCGCUGCAUCGGACAUCUUCACAGAAAGUGGAUAUGCUAGUUGUCCUUCCUCCCGAAAACCUUCGACUGCAUCGGAUAUCGUCACAGUUCCCCCAGUGUCAGUCACUGCUACAACCCCCACGGAGGUAAGCUUCGCCAGACAGGUCUCCGGAAGUGAGGAAAUUUCUUUCGAUGAAUUAAGUGCACGAAGGUCAACUCGGGGAAGAUCGUUGUCUAAUGGAAGCCUUGCGGUGUCAAAAUCAGGUAGACGAAGUGACCCCCCUUCCCCAAACAGACUUCCUGAUGCUACAGAUGAUUCUGUUAGGGAGAGUUUUCAAAGAUGUCCGUCAGAAAAUUGUAUUUCACCGGGUCUUUGUGAAAGUUUUAGAAGAGGUCCGUCCGUGGGAUUCAGACAAUUCAACAAACGAGAAAGGCGUUUCUCUGUCUGCUCUGAAAACAUCGACGCAAGUGGAGUAAAUGUCAAUCUACACAAUGUAAUUGGCAAAAGAGGAACCGGAAAAGGACAAUUCCGCAAUGCUACUUCCGUUUCGCACGUCAGUUCCGGUUCUAUUGUUGUUACAGACAUUAUUAAUUGCAGGGUGACUCUUUUUCAUGGAAGUGGGCGAGUUAUGAGUGAAAUUCAAACUGGACCCGGGACGGAACCGUGGGCAACCGCCGUCCUUCCCAAUGGAAAGCUCGUCGUCUCUCUUCAAAGACCUGGGUGUCUCGCGAUCUUUAGUGCAAAUGGAGAGUUUUGUACAAACAUUGCUUGCGAUUUGCUAGUAAAACCAUCCGGGGUAGCAACUGACAGGAAGGGAAGAAUCAUCGUUAGUGACGUAAGCACGGAUUCUGUCUACAUAUUGGACCAGGAUGGAGAGGUACUGAAGAGACUCGGAGGCGAACCGGAAGCACCAAUAGUCUUUGAGGAGCCGCGGUACGUUAACGUUACCAGUAAAGGAAAAAUUCUCGUGUGUGAUUCCGCCAAGCAUUGUGUACACGUGUUCGACUCCGAGGGAAAUUUCCUCCACAGUUUCGGAUCUUACGGUCAGGACUCUGGCCAAUUCCGCUUCCCGUACGGUAUAACAUCAGACUUUGAAGAUAACAUCUAUGUUGCAGAUUACUAUAAUAACCGUGUGUGCAUGUUUGCUAUCUCCGGAGAAUUUCUCGGUCAUAUUCUAACACCCUGUAUGAAACUUAAGCGGCCUCAGGGUCUAGAUAUUAGGGACGGAAUGACAGACUCCAUCUUAUACGUCAGUCACGGCGAAAUGAAGGCACAGGAAGUGGUUGCGUUCAAACUCAUUACGGGGUCCAAAAAUAGACUCAAGAAGGCAAUCGAAGUCCAUCUCUAGUAUUUAAAAAUCAUAUGUAUAUUACCAAAACCUUAUUCAAACGUUCUUGAUUUCAUGUGUUUCGAUUCGAUUACUAAAAGGAAUGAUCUUGUAACUACUAUGUAGUUUUUAAUUGUGAUGAUUCAUAAAAGAUAAUAAUGAAAA